AUGUAUAAUGGAAGAACGAAUCCCAUGGAGCAUGUAAGCCACUUCAACCAGAGAAUGGCUAUGCACUCCAAGAGCGAGGCCCUAGUGUGUAAGGUGUUCCCAUCCAGCUUGGGGCCUGUGGCAAUAACAUGGUUUGACGGCCUAAAGGAAGGCUCUAUCAACUCCUUUAAAGAACUUACUCGGGAGUUCGGAGCCCAUUUUAUGACUUUCAGCAAGGUUCCUCGACCUUUGAACUCUUUGCUGUCCAGGGCAAUGCGGGAGGGGGAGACCUUGAAAACGUACUCCAACAAGUACUUGGAGAUUUUCAAUGAAAUAGAUGGGGACUUUGAUGAAAUGGAUAUAAGAACCUUCAAGAUCGGCCUGCCAACCGAGCAUGAUCUGAGAAAGUCUUUGAUCAGGAAACCGGUCAAGAGUGUGCAUAGGCUCAUGGAUCGCAUUGAUUAG